CGCGAAUAUAAAAAAUUUAUUUUGACAAAUGAAUCAUUGAGUACUUAUUGCUCAGAAAAUAAAACAUCUCUACUUGCUCAUACCACAAAUAGAGAAUCACAAGCACAUGUACUCCGUUCCUUAUCUAAAUUAUUAAUGACCCGUCUUUUACCAUCAAAUGAGGCUCAUAGUCAUAUAUUGAUGGCGUUUCUUUCUGAAUUAUGGGCUAUUCAAGUUUUUGAAGCAAUACUCGAAAAAAUAUGUGAUUCAGAUUGGUUGAAUUGUACCAUUGUUGAUUAUUUAAUGGAUAGUGAUCCAGGGGAAACUCAUGAGGAAACCCUUUUUCACCAACUAGCAACUUCGAUAGACGAAGAAGUUGCCGGUCUGACAGAUAAAUUUAAUGAACCAUCGGAUGGUUAUCAAGCAUCAAUAUCAAAUAAUCAACCUUUGACUAUAAAAACUACAUUAUCUCAAACAAAUAUGUCCCCUGAUUUUGACUCUGAGCGAAAAAACUCUGUUGAAAUUCAUGCGGAGGUUCACCCUACUACAUCACCAUCAUUCUCGCCAUAUAAUCCAUCUAUGAAUUCUACUAAUUCAGAUAAAAAACUGAAACAUUCGGUUGAAAUUCAUACGGAGGCUCUCUCACCUGUUGAAAAAGUUGCAACCCCUAUUACAUCACCAUCAUCACCUUCACCACGUCGUUCAUAUAUGCGCUCUGCUAAUACAGAAAAAUUACGAUUUAUUCUUGAACUUCAAUCACAUUCUUUUGCUGAAUUUAUGGCUUUUCUGGAAGAACGUAAAUCAGCGAAUUUACUUAGAUUUUGGCUUCAAGCUGAUUCAUUCAAGAAAAUUGCUGCUAAUGAAACAGACAUAGAACUGAUUCAAAAUGACGCAAUGAGAAUUUUUAAAACUUAUUUUGGUGAAGCUGCUUCAUAUCCUGUGAGAGUGGUUAAUGAUAUGUUAGUGAGGCAGUGUGUUAGAGAAAUAUCGAAUGGACCUACAUGUAAUUGCUUUAGAAAAUUGCAGGAAUAUGUAUUCGUAGUUUUGGAAAAUGAAUAUUUCGAUGAUUUCAUUCAAGCGAUGAAAAAUCAAGGUGAAGAUGUCAGUUUUAUGUAUGCUGAGGAACCGGCUCAAUUUGAAAAUCUAUCUCGGGUAGAAGAUAAAUCCGUUAUAAUGAAUGAUUAUAAACGAAAUAACACAGUGGACAAUUCAUCCUUUGAUUCUUUAAACCGACCAAAUUACUCCGACUAUUCACUGCUCAACGAAAACGAAUCUACAGAACCAAUAAUACAUCGUUUUAGAUCAUUUACUACCGGAUUUUUCAUGGAUUCAUUUGGAACCAAUGAAAGUUCUGUAGACACGCUCGUAGAAGAAAAGGAUGAACGUAAUUUGGAAUCACUGCCUGACCCUUCAAAAACGCCAAUCAUGAACCUUAGUGGAGUAAGAAUAAAGAUGACGGAUAUUUCUGAAGCGUCUUCAAAUAGACUAAUUUAUUCAACAAAGUCCCUUACCUAUAUGAUUGAAGUUGAACAACCUGGUUCCGCAGGAUGGAUUAUGACUCGAAGUUUUAGCGACUUUGAGGCAAUGCAUUCAGCUUUGGGAAAAGAAUUUCCUAAAGCUGAAAAAGUAACAAUGCCACGUUUAAUGUUAAAAAAGAACCAUGAGGCUUGUCUGUCUUUAGAACGAUAUUUAAAUAUUUUAUUGAGUGAUAUUGCUUUAUGUGAAAGUGAAGCUCUCCAAAAGUUUAUGAGAAGAGACGGUCUUCCAAAAGAUGAUAUAGGAAAGCCAACUAGCAAAAUAAAUAGAGCACUGUCUAUAUUAUCAAUUCCAAGGUCCAUAUCUAUGGUCAAUCUUGUUGGCACAAGUCCACAAGAUACUACUAAAAAUCAAGGAAAUACUUCAACAAAGUCUAGUUUCGAAAGGUCUUCAGAUCAUGAUUCGACAUAUACAGAUAGGCCACAAGAAAUAUCUGAUGAAAUUUUCGUUAAAAAUUCUCCAACCUCUACAUUCUCACUCAUCACAUGCCCUAGUAUUGAGAGUACAGCUUCAGAUGAAUCAAUAACAUUACCUGGUGAGAAUGAUACACCUGAAAAUGAUACACCUGAGAAGGAACCUGUUUUAGAAAACCCUCGUCGUCCAAGACCAAAUAAACAAAUGACAGGCCAAGAUAUUGAUCUUCUUAUUGAUACAAUCUUUGAUACUAUUGAAGAAAUAUUUGAUUUGUCAGAAAAAUCUCAAUGGCAUCUUCGAAAGACCGUUUUAUCUGUUUUAAGAGGUCUGGUACGAAGAUCUUAUACUGAAGCAAUAAAGCAGUACUUUCUAACAACCAUAGACUCAUUUUCCACCGAAGAAUAUAUGGUGUCGUUGAUUGAUGGUUUUACAAACUCAUUUUGGCCAAAUGGAGUAUGGGCAGAAUCUGCACCACAACGAAGUGAAGAAGAAAAAUUACGAACAAAAGAUGAAGCCAAACGACUACUCGUACAAAAUGCUAUCCCAGCUUCUUUAAGACAAGUGGUGGGUUAUGAAAAUUCUAAAAUUAUGGUUGGAAAAUUAGUUGAUGGAUUUUUAGCAGAGAAAGAAGUUGUAAGAGGGAUGGGUAUUAAUAUCCUGGAAAGUGUUGUUAAACUUAUUAUAAAUGGAUGA